AGAAAGUGAACAAGUUCUGUCAUGGCCACACAGAUCAGAACUCUUCAGAGAUAAUUAAUAGUUUUUAAUGGGAACAUUUCAGAACUGAACUGCCUCCAUAACAGCGUAACUCAUUAUUCCACCCAGAGAACAAUUUCUUCUUUAUUUUCUUUCUCGAGGACAAUAAUGGAAAUGAGGACCUGAAAGACUGGUGUAGUUCUGGGUGUGGAUUAACACCCAUUCCGACUUGUAUUUCGACUUAUUUGCCCAGGCUUCAUGCUUAUUCUCCUGAGUUUCUGGUAGCAGCCUGUGUGAAAAGGGAAUCACUGGAAAAAGUAAUGGAGCUUAAUGGAAAUCUCGGCAAACACGGCCUGGAGGGUGAUGCAAACCUGCAGUUCCUGACAAAAGGAGGAGACUUGACCAAGGUGAAAUCCAACAAAUGGAAGAAGAAACGCUUCUACAGGCUGAUGGAUGAUGGCCAAACCAUGUGGAAAGAGACGCACAAGGGCUUCAAGAAAGACCACACCUUCUCCAUCGAUGACAUUGAGUCGGUCCGUUGUGGCCGUCAGACCGAAGGGCUACAGAAGUACACAGACGACACGCUGGAGGAUCACUGUUUCUCCAUCAUCUUCAAAGGCAAACGCAAGAAUCUCGACCUGAUGGCAGGCACCAGAGAGGAAGCCAAGAAGUGGGUGACAGGGCUGGAGAAGGUCAUCACCAACAUGCGCAACCUCAAUUCACAGCAGAAAAGUGAACACUGGAUUAUCAGCUGCAUGCGGAAGGCCGACAAAAACGGCGACAACAUGAUGACCCUGAAAGAGGUGAAGCACUUCCUGCGCCAGAUCAACAUCGAGGUGGAUGACAUGUACGCCGCCAUGUUGUUUGAGAAAUGUGACACAUCAAGGUCAGGAACUCUGGAGGGAGAAGAGAUUAAGCAAUUCUAUGACCUGCUAACGAAGCGUGAGGAAAUCGACGUCAUCUACGGGAAGUACGCUAAAACCGGUGGUCAGAUGAGCGCAGGCGAUCUACUAAACUUCUUAAAGCAGGAACAGAGGGAGACAGUGUCUCUGGAGAACGCACUGAAGCUUAUAGACAAAUACGAGCCUGAUGUUACAGCUAAGCAGAAUAAGCAAAUGACCAAAGAUGGCUUCCUGACAUACUUGACCAAUUUGGAAGGGUUGAUCCUCAACCCCGCCCACAUUAAUGUGUACCAGGACAUGAGGCAACCACUCAAUGAUUACUUCAUCUCCUCCUCCCAUAACACCUAUCUGAUGCAAGACCAGCUCAAAGGGCCGAGCAGUACCGAGGCCUACAUCAGAGCGCUGUUGAAGAGCUGCCGCUGCGUGGAGCUGGACUGCUGGGACGGGCCCAACGGAGAGCCGAUCAUCUACCACGGCCACACGCUCACGUCCAAGGUGCUCUUCAAGGACGUCAUCAAGGCUAUCAAGGAGUACGCUUUUAAAACGUCUGAGUAUCCAGUAAUCCUGUCUUUGGAGAACCACUGCUCAGUGGAACAACAGAAACUCAUGGCUCACCACAUGACCUCCAUCCUGGGCAGUGCUCUUCUCACACGCCCACUGGGGAAAGAGAUUCCCGUCUCCUUGCCGUCGCCUGAGGAAUUAAAGGGGCGGAUCCUGGUUAAAGGUAAACGCCUCAACAAGCUGGACGUAGCAUUUAACAACAACACGGACGAUGUGGACAGCGUGUCUGAAGAAGAUGAAGCCGCUGAAGCCAAACAGGGCGAACAGGAGACCAAAACUAAGAAAAAAAAGAUCAAGCUUGCUAAAGAGCUGUCCGACCUGGUGAUCUACUGCAAGAGUGUCCAUUUCAACAGCUUCGAGCAUUCACGUGAGAAACAGGCCUGCUAUGAGAUGUCCUCCUUCAAGGAGAGCAAAGCCAAGAAUCUGGCAGAAAAUUCAGCAACUGAAUUCAUCCACCACAACAUGGACAAGCUGAGCAGAAUUUACCCUGCAGGCACCCGGACAGACUCGUCCAACUACAAUCCUGUGAUGAUGUGGAACGCAGGCUGCCAAAUCGUGGCUCUGAACUUCCAAACUAGCGGCAAGGAGAUGGAUUUGAACCAAGGACGAUUCCUGCCUAACGGAAAGUGCGGCUACAUCCUGAAGCCUGUUUUCAUGAGGAACCCGGACUCUCAGUUUGACCCCAACAUGCCCACAGAACGAGGCUGGAUCAGGAAGAAGAUCCUGCAUGUCAUGGUCAUCUCAGCACAGCAACUUCCCAAACUGAACAAAGAUAAACCCAAGUCCAUCGUGGAUCCCUUUGUCAAGGUGGAGAUUUACGGAGUGCCAGCAGACCGAGCCAGCGCACAGACGACCUACAUCAACGACAACGGCUUCAAUCCAAUGUGGAAUCAAAACAUGACGUUCACCAUUAACGUGCCGGAUUUGGCCUUAGUGCGUUUCAUGGUGGAGGAUUAUGACGCUGCGUCACACAAUGACUUCAUUGGGCAGUACACGCUACCUUUUACCAGCAUGCAGAAUGGAUACCGCCACAUUCCCCUGCUCACAAAAAGCCACGACGUCAUCCCUUCAGCAAAACUGUUCGUCCACAUCAUGGUAAUGGACCCGUAAAGCACACCGAACAGCGCUGAGAGCAAUCACCUUUUCCACAGUCCCAAAAGCAGACCCUCUAAUACAGAGCAAGAAAGACGUGUAUGCGUGUGAUGAAAUACAGAGACGCUGGGUUAAAGGAGACUUCGCUUCUGAGCGAGAUCAAGUGAUCGUUUAAGGAAACUCUCAGAAUAUAUUUAUAUAAAAUGUGGAGGGAAUGGUCACUGUGUAAACUUUUCAUUUAAAAAGAGAGUUUAUCUUUUACCUCCUUGUGAAAUGACAAUUUGUAAUACUGUUAUUUCCUAUUAAAUACAAAUGUAAAGAUUUAUUGUGAAGAACCUCCAAUGUGAGUGUGUCCGGCUGUGUGUUAGUGUGCACGUGCAAUUGAAAACUUUUAUUUUGAGUUAUCAAUUAGGUUUUAAUGUAAAGUGAACACACAUCACUACACUGUCUAUAAAUAUUUGUUCCUUUUUUUAACAGGAUAAAUAUAAUAUACAGGAACAUGAACAAUUUACAUUACACUAAACUACUUUAUUUUGGAAAAACAUUCAAAACUAAACGUCAGGAAUUAUAAGAAGGAAUUUGACAUGGGGUGUCCUGUGCAGAAUCUUUUUUAAUUUUUAUUUUUUGAAAUAAUCAUUCCUAGUAUAAGAAACGUCUGCUUCUUAAGCACAACUCUAAAUAAUGUCUGUUUGCUAAGUUUGCUAUAGGGUCUUUAGUUGACAUGUAAUUUAUCUCUAAAUCUUCCAGUUUUUUUAUAUUCAUUUAUGAUUUAUGAGUUAACAGGGGCCAAAUCCUGUUCCUGAGCUAUGAUUAUUAUGAGUAAGCACUGUGUUUCCUGCACCGCUGACCAGUUUAAGGUUAACGUCCGAGAAUUUUAUGAUCAUGUCAUGUUGUUGUCAAGUCUGUGUCACUGUGCAUUGUUAAACUGUAAUGCUUGUAUCACUAUUUGACUGCUCUAAAUAUUAUAUUUUUCUGCUAUAUGUGGUGAUAAUCUGUUCAACUCAGUCUGUAAAUGUUAAACCUGUCAUUGUUUAUUCUCAUUGUAAUAGGACCAAGCAAGUCAGCUUCACUGACACUAAUGAAAUAUCCUUCAAAGUCACUACUCUUUGACAAAACAUCUAAAUAAAACAUAAAAAGGA